UUUGAACCAAAUGACAAAAGCAAUCCUUCUUAAUAUAAAUAGAAUGUGUUUAACGGUAAAACCGAACUAGAAAAAGGGCUACUAAACAAAACAGUUUUAAAUCUUUCAAAACAAAUUAAAAACAUUUUGAUGAAAACGCAGAUUUGUGCAAAAAACAACAACAAAAGAAAUAGCUAACUGUUAACGAGGCGAACAGCAACAACAAACAAACCGAUAACUGUGUUGAAAACAGAAAAAAAAGCAAAAAAUAACAAAUUGUUUAGGCAAAAAAUCACGUUUGAAUUAUUUUAAACACCAAAAACUGUACAAAUGUUGAAUUAAUUUAAACGGUUCGUUUAAGUUAUUUAAAUGCUUAGUGAAAAAACAUUAGAAAAAAUUAAUUUUUGAAAUAGUUGAAGAAUAUGCUGCAAGAAAUUAACCCUCAUUACUAACUGUCAUAGAAGAGUUCAAACACUAAACACCGUUAUCAACUGCGCGCGAACACGUUUUAUGCUACAGCGUCAGUAGCUGUGCGCUCCUAUUCACCCAACAAGAUGAACGCUCGCUCGCAGGUUUUCGACCUCACCAUCGAGGGUCGUCAAGUGGACGAAGCCGUUGCCAGCAUCUUUCAUACGGUGCUUUUCCAUCGCUGCCAAGGCAAAUACAUGUAUACGGGCGAUGCUCAAUAUUCCAUCGGCACUAUUGGCUACACCGACGUGGAUUGUGAUUUCAUUGAUUUCACAUACGUUUGUUGCACUUCCGAGGGGCUGCUGCGCACCGUUAAACGAGCCAUCAACGUUUUCAGCGAGAAGUUACGCUCCAAUGAAAGUUGCGGUUCCGGCCAAAUAAGCUUGGAAUUCUUUCAAAAACGCAAAUCGCGUUGGCUAUUCCAGCAAGAGUGCAUACCGUGGGAGGUGUGGACAGUUCAUUUAGAUCUCAUAAAGUAUGAAAACGCAGAUGAUCGCCAAAUCAGCAGAGAAAACGUCUCUGAUCUUCUAACCGAGAAAGUUAUAUACAUCACUGAGCUUAUGAAUCGUUCGGACUAUGUACCGAAGACGCCAAGUCAAAGUGAAUUAGACCUCAUUUUUGACACUUCAUAUCCCGAUGUACAGCCGUAUCUCUUUAAGUUUGAUUACACGACUGCUGGCUCACAAACGCCCUCGGUGACCAAUACCGUUAAGAAGAUAAUUAAGGAGACGUUCACGUUGUGACGUGUAAUGCUUGCGAGUGAGCGUAGCCACCGCCAAAAAAUGCAAAAACAACAAUCAAAACAUCAACAACAACAACAAGAGCAUGAAGAGAACCCACAACAGCAAGUAAGCGCAGAAUUACAGCCUGUAUAUGCUAAGGACACGAUUGUUGUGGCCGGUGGAAAGUACUUCAAUAAGGGUACAAGUAUUAUGAUUUCUCAAGUCAGCCGAGCACACCGUAGCAAAGCGUUGAGUGAACAUGUCAACAUCGAGCUGAACGCGCUCCAAACCACCACCUGUAUAGGUGCCAAGCCUAGCGAGCGCAAAUCAAUUUUGGCUGUUGUGGGUGGCAUAAUUUUGCUGUUCUUAUGUCAGCACAAUCGCCUCGGCUCAUUUUAGUUGCACUCAAACAACAAUUUAUCACGCUAAACGCUGAAAUACAAUAUAAAUUUAAAUAGAUAGUUGCUAAACUAAACUUAAUUGUUAAUUGUUUACGGCUAAAUUGACUUGUGUUCCACCCUACGUAAACUGAAACACCUAAAAACCAUUGCAAUAGAGCGCUCGAUUCGUGAGCGCGUCAAGCGCAAAAAUGUUGUGUUCAAAAUGUGAUUAACGAGCAGCACUCGUUUCAACAUUCGCGUUUGCCUAUCAUUGUUGAAUUCAUUGUUUUAACUGAAUUUGAAAUUUAUCAUAACUGAAGUGUGCCGUGAAAAGUAAGAAUAGAGGCAAAAAAAAAAAAAAAAACUAUAAAAACACAAAAGUAUUGUUGAUUAACUGUGACACUGCAAAUUGGUCUCAAGCUCCUACGCUACUCACACUCGAACGCUCUCUUGCUGGUUGCUUGUCAGUUUGUGUAGUAUUGCCAAGACGCUGUAUAAAACCCCACAAAAUCAAUAAUGAUAAAUAUUAUUGCAGCAAAUUGCAGCUGCAAUGCUCUUACUAAAUAUGAAAAAUAACAUUAUUCUCAGUUUCAAGUUUAUCAAUGUAAUUACACGUAAAUAUAAAGUCGAUAAUGCAUAAAGCGAUCAAUGCCACAAUACAGAAAAGUGUUGUCAGAGCAUUGCCAAUAUUUAUUACAACCAAAUUUAAAUUGAAACUUUUUGAAAUUUUGAAAUCUUGAAAAUUUAAAAAUCUUGAAAAUUUUUGAAAUUUUGAAAAAUUAUGAAAUUUUGAAAAUUUAAAAAUCUUGAAAAUUUUUGAAAUUUUGAAAAUUUAAAAGUUUUGAAGAUUCCGUUAACCUAAAAUAUUUUGAUCUGAACUGUGUCAUUGCGUUCAAUAUUUGUUUUAUACACACUAGUGUCUUGAAUUUAAUCUUAUUUAUUUAUUAUUAUUAUUAUUUUUGCGCAUGCACUGGUCUGCAUAAUUAAUUUAAUUUUAUUUUUUUUAUACGUUAUCCAUUAUUAUGUUAUUAAAACUUUUUUAUCCUAAAGUUAAGUUGUAUUUUUUAAGUCAGCGUACCUUGCAUAGAAAAUAUAUUAACCUACAUUAAAUUGGGUUACACGGAACUCAUUCGCAAUAAGUUUUGCUUACAUUUUAUUUGUUAUGAUUUUGUGAUCUUAAACUUGACUUGAACUCGUUCAAGUAGAUACAAGCGAAGUUUUUAUUACUAAGUUCUAUAUCUUAAGCCUCAUAAUCAGCAGAUAUACAGCCCAAGCGUAUAUUUGAUUUGAACUGCGCAUCCCAGCGGUUGUUCGUAUUCCUUAAGAACUUUUGUAAUUUUCGUUUUGUAAGUUCAAUAUACUAUACAUAUAUUUUUUUUUACUACAUAUACAUACAUACAUACUUUGUAGUAGCAAUGCAAGGGCUAAUGAACUGCUAUAGUACUGUAUUUUAUAAUUUGAUAUGUAACAGCCUAAAAAUUACCACUGUAAGCACGAACAAUUGAAGAAAGAAAUGUAAAAAUGUUUAAAGUAAUAGCACAAUAAAUGCUAUAGAUUGAUUAUUCUGUUGUAGCGAAUGAAUUAUAUCAAUUGAACGAACUCACCAAACCCAACGUACUACCCAUGAUACUAAGUAGUUUACGUUUUUAUGAAAUGAAUUGUAAUAAACGCGGUGAAGAAGCAAGUGCGUGUAAUAUGCAUAAUAAAUGUAGAUGUGUUUUUAGUAUGUACCAUUGAUGUUCAUUGUUGUGUGUUGUGUAUGUGUUGCAUAGAUGUAUUGAGAAACGUAAAAAAACAGAAAACGAAAUGAGAAAGAAAAUAUAUUAAACUUAAAGCGACAUACUAUUUGUCGAUAAUGUGCUUGCUACGCACUUACAGCAACAAAAAAUAAUUUAAAUGAAAAUAUUUUAAAAUUUUACUAUAUUCAAAACACUAUACUUUCUUUUUUGAAAACGUCAUUGGAUAUUAAAAGCGAAAUUCAAAAGCAAUGCAUUGGAAACCAAAAACAAAUGAAAACUUGCAAAGGCUAUUUAGUGCAAAUGCUGUUAUUGUUAUUAUUGUAGCGGCAAAUGCAAGCUUAACUGAAAUGCAUACAAAUAAUUUGCCUUUAUUGGGUGAAAAAUUAAAAUUUUAUUAUUUUUUUUAACUCAAAAUGUGUCGACAAAUGUAAAACUUGGAGUGAGUGGGUAUGCCUUAAGCGCACUCUUGAUUUUUAACUGAAAAAUAUGUGCAUAUAUGUACAUAUGUAUAUGAAUAUAUGCGUUUAAACAUUUUUUAGAAAUCGAAUCGAUUCAACCCAUGCCCAACGUCUAAAACCAUGUAGCAAUCUACGUGCUAUUAUGCUGUACAAAAUAGUUUUUAGUUUUUUUUUUAAAGGAGAAUUUUUCCACACAUUUGGUGUAAGCAUUAUAAGAAGUAAUGAAAACUUAAUAAAAAUUAAUUAUUAUGUGUAAAUUUUUAAGCAUUGGUAAACAUGUUAAUUUGAAAAUUAUUAUUUUGUUAAUUUUAAUUCUUUUUGUUAAUUUUAAUGUGUUUAAAGUUGCGAAAAAAUUCAUAAUUAAUUGAAUUUGAUAAGCAAAACAUUUGAGACCAUUUGAAACAGUCGCCAAGUGCACACUGAAAAUACCGUUAAAUAUGAUUUGAGUAAAUUUUGCAUACAUUGAAAUUUAUAUUAAAAAAACAAAACACCAACAACAAAAUAACCAGUUUAUUGCAUCACUUUUAAAAUACGGUCCUUAAGCACAAACCCACGCCCACAUUUACACCUACACCACACAUAUACUGUAAUAUAUUUUAUACUCACAAGUGUUUAUCCAACUCUUAGGCAACACUUGAAUUUUACACGUGUAUAUAAUUAGGCACUUUUUGGGGCCGAAAUUAUGUCAAACCCUCAACACAGUCCACCAACUCGAUCCAUAUACAUAUGUAUGAACAGCGUAUAAUAUAUAAAACAAUAAUAUAUACAAAAAAUAUACUAAAUUAUAUUUUGAAGCACCACAUUGUAACAGCUCCGAACUUGAAACGAAGGAGCAGUGUUAUAAAUACAUAUUCUUAAACUAAAAUCUUUAAAAAUUUAAUCAAGAAGAAAAUAAUAAUAAUUGAGUGCUGCAAUUCAGCCGUAAUAAAUAUGUAGAAAUAUUAAAAUUAUGAAUAAAACUAAUUUUAGCUUUGUAUUCUAACAAAGCAACAAGCGCUAAACACACACACAUACAUGCAUAUGCAUGCAAUAAGCACAUACACUGCUAAAUAAAGACCUGUAAAUGAGCAAAAAUAAAUUCAGUGUAAUAGCAGCUAUUUACCGUUAGCAAAAAGAAAAAAAAAAAACAAAAAAAAUUAAAUGAAAUAAUGAAAUCGCUUACCUAUGUUUCUUUGCGCUAUUAACAAGACAUAUUCAUGUCUUAUGUAUGUGUAUAUAGCUGUUUUGUGGUAAGCAAAUUAACGCAAAGCUUUGUUGUAAGCAAGUGAUUCAUAUUUAGCGCCAAACUCCAAUUCUAUUGCAAUUAUUUAGUGCAACAACGAUUUUACCGUUAGGUUUUCAAUCCUGAUUAGUCGUAAAAACCGAAGAAAUUAAUGAAAAAAAUAUGUAAUAAAAGUUUGUCCACAUUCUAAAUAAGUAAUUGAUUUACACACACACACACUCGCGCACUAAAUGUGCGUACAUACAUACAUACAUAUGUAUAUGUAAAUGUUAAAAUACACAAAAGUAUUGACGCUAUGUAUGUAUAUAUUGUGCUUAGUAUGUAUGAGAGAGGAGAAUCAAUGGAUUCUUGUUGAAAAUCAAAAUAAAUAUAGCUAACCUGAUGUGAAGGGUAUGAAAGCUAUGCGACAUAACAUACAUACAUACAUAUAUCCAUACGCCAUUACCAUUAGUCAGUAGUGAAAUCUGAUGAAAUAUCUCUAAAUAUUGCGUCUAGUAAUUUAUUUUUGUUUUAUUUUUUUUAUAUUGCAAACAACUGCGUAUCACAAACUAUUAUUUAAACUAAGAGGAUUUAUAAUUAAAAAAUAAAAAAUGAAAAAAAAAAAUGUAGAAGCAUUAGAAGAGAGCUUGUCUCAAUGCAAAAAGGCUCAUUUUUAGUGAAAA